UUUUAAAUAAAUAUUAUUAGUUAAAUAUAUAUAUCUUAUACAUUUGAUUAUAAAACCAAUUUUAUAUAUCAAGAAAUUAAAUAAUACUAUUCAAAAUGCCUAUUCAGUGUACUAGAAAUUGUGGUAAAAAUGCUAUUCUUAAAAGACCUAAGACCGGUGAUACAUUAUGUAAAGAAUGUUUUAUCUAUGCCUUUGAAACCGAAAUACAUUACACCAUUGUAAAAGGAAAAUUAUUUAAACCUGGCAAUAAAGUUGCUAUAGGAGCAUCAGGUGGAAAAGAUUCAACAGUAUUAGCAUAUGUAUUGAAAACUUUGAAUGAACGCUAUGAUUAUAAGCUUGACUUAUUUCUUUUAUCCAUUGAUGAAGGAAUUACUGGAUACCGAGAUGAUAGUUUGGAAACUGUGGAAAAAAAUAGAGAUGAUUAUGGUAUACCAUUAAAAAUAUUAUCAUACAAAGAUAUAUAUGGAUGGACAAUGGAUGCUAUAGUAGAACAAAUUGGCAGAAAAAAUAAUUGUACUUUCUGUGGUGUAUUUCGAAGACAGGCAUUAGAUAGAGGAGGUGCUUUAUUAGGUGUGGAUUGUAUUGCAACAGGUCACAAUGCCGAUGACAUAGCUGAGACAGUUUUAAUGAAUAUUUUACGUGGUGACAUUGCUCGGUUGCAAAGAUGUACGGCUAUAAUAACGUCAGGAGCUGAUGCUAUUGUUAGAUGCAAACCAUUGAAAUACGCUUACGAAAAAGAGAUUGUUAUGUAUGCACACUUUCAAAAAUUAAUUUAUUUUUCUACCGAAUGCAUAUAUGCUCCUAAUGCUUAUCGAGGAUAUGCUCGAACAUUUUUAAAAGAUUUGGAAAAAGUAAGACCAUCGUCUAUCAUAGAUAUUAUUCAUUCUGGUGAAAGAAUGCAAGUAAAGAGCAAUGUAAAAAAUCCAGAACGAAGGCAUUGUAAUAAUUGUGGAUUUGUUUCGAGUCAGGAAUUAUGUAAAGCUUGUAUAUUAUUGGAAGGUUUGAAUAGGGGACUUCCAAAAUUGGGAAUUGGUAAAUCUAAUAAAGUUAAACAUAUAUUGAAUACAAAUAUGAAUGAAAAUGCAAAAAGUAAAGUUGCCUCUUCAAGCAUAUCUGCGAUAGAUUUUUAACAUUAAAAUUCGCAUAAGUAUAUGUUUCCAAUAUACAAGAAAAUCUUUCGUAUGUAAUAAAAUAUAAGUUCUUAAUUGUUUUCAUUAUACGAACUUCUCCUUUUA